AUGUGUAGUGUGUAUGCAUCUCUUCAACUAUGCAGCGCUGAUAACAACGAGGAACUAGAAGAGGGAACUCUGACGCAUUGCUUGGAGACUUGCACUCCUGUUACCAAAGAUUUCAUUAGGACACAACAGGACUCCAUGGUAAGAUAAUCAGAAUCUCAUUUACAGGGCGAAACAAUACUUAAUGUGACCACUCCUUGGUUAAUUUAUUUAUUUCAUUCUGUGAGGUUAAAAGUUUGCAAGUUUAGUAGUUUAUAGACAAACCGAUCAUAAGGGACAUACGGGACAGCUUGAAUGUAAUUUAGAACCGCGUUAGAAUUACUUUGUAAUGAGCCCUUUGCAAGGAAACGGUCACAUGGUCCAAAAAACACCUUGCUGGACGGCAAACAACGCUGUAAGACCUUCAAAAGUAAGAAUAUCAGUUUUCGGAAUGAAAUAAUCUUAGUUUUUCUUGCCUCGCUGCGUCGUUUGCCAUCCAGCAAGGUGUUUUGGCCGUUUCGUGCAAAGAACCUCAUUUAUGUCCAGGAUCGAUCUUGUUAGCAAAAAUUUGCUAGCAAAUUGUUGUUUUCGCAAUGUUAGCAAAAAAGGUUUAAAGAAAACUGCUAUCAGAAAAAGUAUAGAAGAAAUAGCAAAUGUCGCAAAAAUCGCAAAAGUAAGAAGAAUCUCUCUUGCAAUGUGAAAAGAUUGAGUAACAUAUAUGGCAAAAAUAGCAGAAAUAACAAAUUUUUCAAAAUUCUACUUUUACAAAGAGAAAAGGCGAAGAAGGGCUUGGUGAAGUUCGCAAAUUUCGCAAAAAUCGCAAAAGUAGCAAGAAUUUUUCCUGCUAUGUGAAAAGAUUGAGCAACAAAUAUGGCAAAAAUAGCAAGAACAACAAAUUUCACAAAAUUCUACACUUGGAAAGAGAAAAGGUCAAGAAGGGCUUCAGUAAGUCCGCAAAUUUCGCAAAAAUCGCAAAGGAACAAAAAUUUUUCAUGAUAUGUGAAAAGAUUGAGCAACAAAUAUGGCAAAAAUAG